AUGAUAACGGAGGGCUUGUCCGAGCUGGAUGCCCUUGCGGAUGACCCAAGAGAGCAGGAUCGACGCUCGAAAGAGUUGGGGCUGGUGGCACCGGACGCGUCCGGACUCCCAUUACCGUUGUACACCGCCAUGCGCAUUGUUCCCACGGAGCACGCUCCCGUCGAGCGACUGCACUUCAACGCGCUGGGGCAAAGUCAACUGUGCCAGGUUUUCUUCGUGGAGAUGCUUUCCUCUGCAGCUCGCCAGCUUGUCUCAGCUAUCAUGGCUCAGAAGCCAUCAUUGCUCUACCCACCCGGCACGGAGAAGCUGAAGGAUAGAGUGACGAACUACGCUUCUCUCACUGGAAGCGACAAGUGGACACUCCAAUCGAUCAUGCUUCUAGUGUUCAGGAUGGUUCUUCAGAAUGUUCCGGCUAUGCUUGUCUCAGCUAUCAUGGCUCAGAAGCCAUCAUUGCUCUACCCACCCGGCACGGAGAAGCUGAAGGAUAGAGUGACGAACUACGCUUCUCUCACUGGAAGCGACAAGUGGACACUCCAAUCGAUCAUGCUUCUAGUGUUCAGGAUGGUUCUUCAGAAUGUUCCGGCUAUGGGAAUUCGGAGAAGGAGGUGCAAUUUGUCGGCCAAAAGACAAGUGCCGCUGCUGCCGGCAGCGGCGGCAGCGGCAGCGGCGACAGCGGCAGCGGCGGCGGCAGCGGUAGUGGGAGCGGCGGUGCCGCAUCACCUGCUGCCGGUGCCCGUGCCAGAGUUCCACCACGGAUCUCUGCAGCUGGUUCAGCUUCUUCUAACAGUAGUAGUGCCUCUGCACUCCAACGUAGUGCUGGUGGCCCCACUUCCGCCGAAAGUCCAGAAUCGAUACCGCUUGAGUGAGAAGCGGGCCGCCGACAAACGUGCGAAGCGGGUGGAGGCGAUCGCGAACAACCCUGCUGCACCGGAGCGAGAGGAGGGCAUCGAGAGGGACCGUGCGGUCGUCAGCCUGGCCCAACGGAGGCGGGCACAUGCCAACGUCGCGGAGGGGGCAGGCAGGAAUAUCGACAGUCGGGGAGCCAUGGCCACGAGAACCCCCAAGAAAGAUGCCCAGGUACCAGUUCAUGACCGGAUCAAAGAGUUCCCGAACCAAACCUUCUACAUGAUCAACACUGGGAAGAUGGGCUGCCGUGCGUGCUUCGGCAAGGAAGUCAGCCUGCACAGUUACCGGGUGAAGGACCACAUCAAGGGGAAGAAGCACCAGAAAAGGGUGGCGAUAAUGCUGGCGACAGAUGAGGAGGAUAAAGUGAGCUUGCUUGUAGUGGGGACGCUCCGCGCUUUCGCUAAGCGCUCCGAGGAGGAUGGAGGGAGUUACGGAGACACGCUGUCCGACAAGGACAAGCUCACACAGAUCAAGGCGGUGAAAGGUUGUUUGGCGGCAGCUAUUCCGCUAAACGCGCUGGGCAACCCUGUGUUCGGGGCGUUCCUCGCGCACUUCAACGUGAAUUUGCCUCACUCCGGGCAUCUGGCUAAGCACAUACCAUUGAUCCUCGAGGAGGAGCAAGCCAAGGUGCGAGGUGAGAUUGGCGACCGACCCUACGCGCUGUGCUUCGACGCCACUCCUUACCUCUGCGAGUGCUUCGGGGUUGGGGUUCGGUUCAUCGGCUCAAGUGGGCAGGUGGCACAGCGCGUUCUGCGGUUGAGCAUGCUGAAGAAGAGCAUGACGGCGAGCGACAUUGCUGGUGAGGUCAACCGCAUCGUCACCCAUGAGUACGGCCUCGACCCGGACAAGUGCCGAGCCAUCAUGGGUGACAGCUGCGCGGCAAACCUCCUAGCGAUGGACGCACUGGCGAAGUUGUUCAGAUACGCGAUCGUCAUCGGCUGCUUGUCCCACACGUUCAACAACAUCGGCAAGCAGCUGAGCAGCCUGGAUUUGGACGCGUUCCUUGGCAAAAUGCACACCCUGCUCUCGCACAGCGCUGGAGCGAAGGCGCUCUUCAAAGAGAAAGUCGGAGUCCGCGCCCCAUCGACGCCUGGGCACCGGUGGGGCUCCAGAUUCGAUCGGGACUACGUGAUCGCCAUGAACUGGCCUGGAGUGUUGGAGUUCAUCGCCGCCUACGAGAGCGGAGACACGGACAAGAGCAAGGCGGCCAAGUUCAUGAGGGACGAGCUUGUGCGAGUUCGCGACGACAACAAGACCCAGAGCUUACAUCUUCAGAUGCAGCUGGCUUUGAUGGUGGACGUCGGCCGUUCCGUGACUUCAGCAACUAUCGUCCUGGAGGGCGACGAACCAUUGGCGCACAAGACUUACAACAUCGUGGAGCGGUUCCGCAGCAAGCUCGAGCUGGCUGAAGACGGUGUUUUCUCAAACGACGUUUCCUUGCCCACCGUCUCUGCUCUUCUCGCUAAAUACAUCGGCCAAGGAGACGACCUGGACGCGCUGGACCCCCUUCGCCAGUACGCACACGACAAGAUCGGACGCCAUUCCCAAGCGAGGGACGCCAAGACCUUGGAGGUGUUCAAGGCCGCGAAGCUCACGGACUUCACGUUCAUGAAAGGCAGGAAGUACUCCGAUGACACCAUUCGCACCCUCAAGGUGCUCCCGUUCGUCAAGAAGAAGAUGGUCAGGGGGCUGUUGAAGGAGAAGGAAGACUUCUACAUGGCGGCCAGUGACACAGAAGCCGAGUACGGCCACAUGGCUUUCUGGAACGACAACAAGAAGAAGCUCCCUACGUGGCACGCCUUGGUGUUGGAUGUUGCUCUCUUGCAACCAUCCUCUGCGUUCAUGGAACGAGUGUUUUCCAUCCUGCGGUGUUGCUUUAAUGAGCGACAAGAGCACGUGUACAGCGACCGUAUUUGCGCUUCAGUACUGCUCAAGUACAACAGGGGCCGGGCCCAGAGUAGCUCAGCAGAGAUGGGGGGUGGCGCCGAAGAUGCCAACAACGGCGGCGGUAGCGACGAAGAAAGCGAUGACAGCAGCGAUGAAGACAGCGACUGA